UAUGUACUUUUCUACUUUUGUUAUGACUUCAAAAGUCAAAAUAUGCCCAGGACAAAAUUAUUUUCUUAAAAAAAAUUUAAAUUUCACAAUAAAUAGAAAUUCCAAAUAAAAAUAAAAAUUAAAAACUCGAUCUUCAACAUGAUUCCUCAUGUCCGAAACCUAAAGUACUUAUUCCAAUCAAGAUUACUAUCCCCCCAAUGCAUUCGUCUCCUUACAACAUCCACACCAAAUCUGGCUAAAACAGCACCCAUCCGUAAAGGAAACACUCAAAAUGAUGAGCCAAUGCAAUUCUUUGGCAGUGGAGCAGCUUCCUGGCGAGCCAAAGACACUCGUAGUGGUGGUGCCGAUGAAGCUCUCUGGUAUCAACAGUAUGUUAUCUCGGGAAGUGUUGCAAUAUUCUUGAUUUACUUUUGCAUUCUGCGAGAAGAGAAUGAUAUUGAUCAAAAGCUAGAAGGAUCUUUGUAUGAUCAUAUUGAAGGACUGGAAGAACAACAACUUGUUAUUCGUUACAAGUAUAAUCGAGAUAAUAAUAUCGAUACAGCGGACAUAGAGAAACGUCUGCUUGAGCUGGGAAUCGAUGCUAGGAAAUUUGAUCAGCAGUAAAAAUACUAUGCAUAGCGUUGCUUUUCAGUUUGUUGUCCUUUUUUUGUAUUUAUUAAGUGAGGAGAGAUGUAUGUGUGUUUAAGAAAAUAAAGUUAACUAAAACAAACAAAA